UCUCAGAGAGAGAAAGGAAGUGCAGGCCAAGAGCGAAAAAUAAUAAUAAUAAAUAUUAUAAUGAAAAAAAAUUUGAAAAACCUCCCAAUGCUAAAAUCCUAUUGUAUUCUAUCUUAGUUCAGAGUAAUGGAAUCAACAUCCGAGGCAACCUGGUUCACUUCCCUCGCCGAGGUUGGCCUUGAUUUAUGCUCUUCUUCGAUCUGUUUGAUGAAAUCUUCUUUCUAGUGCUUCCUUGUGGAUUUAGCUGUUCAUCAUGGCGGAUACUAGCUCAGUUGAUGUGAUUUUGGAGUUUUUGCGUAAAAAUCGCUUCACUAGAGCAGAAGCAGCUCUCCGCAGUGAGCUUAGUGGCCGCCCUGAUUUGAAUGGGUUUCUUCGGAAACUUUCUCUAGAUGAAAAGGACUUGGGUAAGGUAUUGGAUGGAGAGAGUGGGAAGAAAUCAACCAGUGAGAAUCAAAUCUAUGGCCCUCAGAAUACUAGUGAAGUUUCUAAGGAAUUGAUUGUGAAAGAGAUAGAGUGCGGGACUGGCAGAAAUGGUUCUGAAAGCAAAUGGCGAAACAGUGCUUCUACUGGUGAACAAAGUAAACCUAAUGACAGAACCGUAUUAAGUGAGAUGAGCUUUACUUUCUCUAAGGGUUCUGGAGAUACUCGGCUUGAUCUGCAUUCAUGGAAUUUUAAUCCCAGUAACGGUUCAUCUGAUCCUUAUCAAAAUGAUGUUACUCCAAGUAACUACAACUCUUUGGAUCCCCCAAAAUCAGAGCAAUCAAGAUAUUGUGCCAGUGAAAUUCCUGAUAUUGUGAAGGCCAAUGAAAAGACUGGGGAAGAGAUUAUAUUUUCUGGUGAAAAGAGAACUUCAUGGCAUGGAAAUACAAGCAAGUCCAAUCCAGAAUCCAAGCAUGGCCAUGCGCAGCCAAGUGAAUCUAAGGAGCUUGAUAAGCCGCUUAAGUCUUGUGCCACGUACUUGAAAGGAAACUUUGCAGAUAAUCCAUGGUCAAGAAAUGAAGAGCUCACAAAUUCAUCUUCAGACGUGUGGAAGGAUUGUUCUGUUAAGACUGUUUUCCCAUCCUCCAAGGGGGAAAUCUCCACUAGUUACGAAAUUGUUACUGCUGCUGAUAAGAAAGAAGGAAAAAAGAAAGCAGACAUGAAUGAUGUUCGGGCAGCCAUUAAAGAGCAGGCAGACGAAGUUGGAAGAGCUUUAUACUUCGGGAAGUGUCAAAGUAGUUAUGAGCAAAACAAUAACACCAGCUUGGGUUUUUCUCUUGCAUCCGAUAAUCCGAAAGAAGAGUUACCUAGGCUGCCCCCUGUUAAGCUUAAAUCUGAGGACAAAUCACUCAACAUUAACUGGGAGGAAAAAUAUGAGCGUGAUGGUUCAGGUGCAAAGCUAAUCAGUGCUGAUAAUGCCCUCCUCAUCGGCUCAUAUUUAGAUGUUCCAGUGGGACAAGAAAUCAACUCUUCAGGUGGGAAAAAAAAUGCAGGAGGCAGCUGGUUAUCUGUCAGUCAGGGAAUUGCAGAAGAUACAUCUGAUUUGGUUUCUGGGUUUGCUACUGUUGGUGAUGGAUUAAGUGAGUCUGUUGACUAUCCAAACGAGUGUUGGGACUCUGAUGAAUACGAUGACGAUGAUGAUGUUGGAUAUAUGAGACAACCAAUUGAGGAUGAGGCCUGGUUUCUUGCUCAUGAAAUUGAUUACCCCAGUGACAAUGAGAAGGGUACCGUGCAAGGAAGUGUCCCAGACCUGCAGGAAAGAGGUCCAACUAAAGGUGAGGACGAUGAUCAAUCUUUUGCUGAAGAGGAUUCUUACUUCUCAGGUGAGCAAUAUUUUCAGGGAAAAAAUGUCCAACCAGUUACAGCCUCAGACGAUCCUAUAGGGCUUUCAAUGACCGAAAUGUAUGGGAGGACUGAUGAUCAUGAUUUAAUUGCUCAAUAUGAUGGACAAUUGAUGGACGAAGAAGAGCUGAAUUUGAUGCGUGCUGAACCUGUAUGGCAGGGAUUUGUCACUCAGACAAAUGAACUCGUUAUGUUGGGGGAUGAUAAAGUUUUGAAUGAUAGUGGCAGACAUCGCUUGGAUGAUAUUUGCUUGGAUGAUGAUCAGCAUGGUUCAGUUAGGUCGAUUGGUGUAGGGAUCAACAGUGAUGUGGCUGACAUUGGAAGUGAGGUACGUGAAAGUUUGAUUGGAGGCAGCAGUGAAGGUGAUGUAGAGUAUUUUCAUGAUCAUGAUCUUUCAAUUGGUGGAUCCAGGCACUCUCAUCUUGAGUCAGACAAGAAACUUAUUGAUAGGUUAAACAAGGAUAAAAAGAAAAGUAACAAACAUGAACUUGGCAAAUACAUUGUUAGCGAUAAAGGUGUUAGCACACAGGUGAAAAGUCCUAUAGAUGGGGGUUUUUCAUUUCCCCCGCCAUUAGGGGAAGGGCAGUUGAUGCAGGUGGGAUCUAGUAAAUCUUUAUUGACAACCAACUGCAUUGCUGUUGUUGCUGAAGAAACUGAUGAAUGUUUAAAUGCUCUGAUGGGAACUGAUGACAUGCUUGCCAUGUGGAGGCGGAAAAGCAGUGAUUCUUCCACCGUCAAAAGUUUUAGGGAUGAAAAUAAUGUCAAUGCUGUCCGAUCUGCAAAUUCAAGUCCCUCAACACUCUCCAAUUAUGGUUAUGGUGAAAGAGAGACUGGCAAGAAACUAGAAGAUGGGAAAAUUGGUGGUGCAAGGGAAGAAGAUCCUGGAGCAUCCCUUGAGGAUGAAGAGGCAGCUGCUGUUCAAGAACAAGUAAGGCAAAUCAAGGCACAAGAGGAGGAGUUUGAGACCUUCAACCUGAAGAUCGUGCAUAGAAAAAACAGGCAUGUUUCUGUGAGACAACUCAAAUUAUCGAUUGCUUCAUCUUGUUAUAUUUAUUGGUCAACAUUCAUAUUUUUCUCCCUUUACCUUUCUGGGACAAAUAGAGGUGGGAACUUGCUAGUCGAAUGGGCUCAUUAUUCUUGA